GCAAUGCCUAUUCGGAAACAGAACGCUUUAUGUCUUGUUCUGGCGAAUAGCACUCGAAUUGUCAAUUUACUUCUAAACUAUGCCUGGUUUGUUAAAUAUUACUCCCCCACUACCGGCAAACUCUAAGCAACCGGGGGUUCAAACGACGAGAUUAUAUUCGGGUGCAAAAUUUUCCGGUGCACAGACGUCUAAAGGAUCGACGUACGAAGUUGAAGUUACAAUCCAGUAUGUAGAUUUAGAGCAAAAUUACGUAUGUGGCUAUUUGAAAAUCAAAGGCUUAACAGAUGAAUUUCCAAAUUUAACUACUUUUUUUGAUGGUGAGAUUAUUAGUGAGAAAUUUCCUUUUUUAACUCGGCGUUGGCACGCGAAAGAGGAUACCGAUAAAAAGCAUUGGAGUAAAUUUGAAUCAUUUCAACCCUACCGCACGACAUUUAAUUCGGAUGAAUUCGAUUACGAAGCCCUAAAAUCAAGUGAUUACAUUUUUAUGAGAUGGAAAGAACAUUUUUUGGUGCCUGAUCACAAAAUAACCGAGAUAAAUGGUGCAUCGUUUGCUGGAUUUUAUUAUAUAUGCUUUGAAAAAUCUAGUGGAGACAUAGAAGGCUAUUAUUUUCAUACAAAUUCAGAGCAGUUUCAAGAACUCCGAUUAGACUAUGUUGAUGAAAGAUCCAUUCCAAUUUACGAAUUUCGAUGA